AGAGCUGUCACAUUUCUGAUCGAAUGAAUUUUUGAUACACUAACUUCGUCUUUUUUCCAUACAAAACAAUAAAAUGGCCAAGAAAACUUAUGAUCUGUUAUUUAAACUGCUUCUUAUUGGUGAUUCUGGUGUUGGAAAAACUUGUAUAUUGUUUAGGUUUUCAGAUAACCACUUCACAACGACGUUUAUUUCCACUAUUGGUAUAGAUUUUAAAAUUAAGACAGUAGAACUUCGUGGUAAAAAAAUCAAACUCCAAAUCUGGGAUACAGCAGGACAAGAGAGGUUCCACACCAUCACCACCUCGUACUACCGCGGCGCGAUGGGCAUCAUGUUGGUUUACGAUAUAACGAACGAGAAAACAUUUGAUGACAUCGUCAAGUGGUUAAGAAAUAUAGACGAGCAUGCAAACGAGGAUGUUGAAAAGAUGAUCCUGGGCAACAAGUGCGAUAUGGAGGAGAAACGAGUUGUAAGCAAAGAGAGAGGAGAAGCUAUAGCACACGAGCACGGCAUCAGGUUCAUGGAGACGUCGGCCAAGUCGAACAUCAACAUCGACCGCGCGUUCUCGGAGCUGGCGGAGGCGAUCCUGGACAAGUCUGCGGGGCGCGAGGCGGACGCGGACCACGCGCGCAUCGCCGUCGAGCGCCGGCCUUCGCGCGCGCCGCCCGCGCGCGCCUGCUGCUCCUAGGCGCGUCGCUGACGCCCGCCACCGCUGUCAUCUGUCAUCUGUCAUCCGUCAUCUGUCCCCGCGCUGCCGCCGCGCACCGGCUAGUGGCGCCGAGUGUUCUAUACGAGAAUUUUUAAUCUGUUGCAAAAUAGAAUGGUUUCCAAAUUUUCAAAACAGAUUAAAUAUUUCGUUGCGUUUCAUGAUUUAUCAAAAUUCGAAUUUUUAAUUCUGUUUUUAUCCAAUCCUCAUAGAAAGUAACUGUCAAAAUCAUUUUAAUUUCGAAUGCUUUUUUAUUUCAAUCAAUCUCAUUAAAACCAUCUGAAUAGUAUAAAAUAUUUCAUCUAUUUUAGUUUAUGUAAAGAAAAUUCAAAACGAGGUGACUAAAUGACGGUCGGCGCAGACUCGUAUCCAUCGUCACCGUUCCCCAAUUAUUGUCAGUUAUCGUAAUGUAAGUCAAAGCGACGCAUAAGAGAUUACAUUUAAGACUAACUUUUAACAGCCGUUCAUUUAUUGAUGUGUAGUCGUGAGAUGUGAUGGCAAUUAUUUUUAUUUAUUCUAUGUAUAUAACCCUUUCGGAUGUAGAUAAAAUGAUUCGUCUCAGUGUGUGGCUUUUGUAUCGUGUCGACGACCGCUGCGCUUCGGAACUUACGCCUUCGAGUUGUCGCAGUCCAGCUCACAAGUGUGGUCACUCUAGUCGCCGCACCGUUCUAUGUGUCGCUACACUCCGCCGACUCACAACUAGCGCGGGCUUAGAGCUUUAUAGUUGUAGUCGGUCUUUUUCAACUUAAUUCCUCGCUUUUCACAUAAUACGUGUUAUUUAUUUGUUAAUCUCGUCGAUCUUAACUUUGUCUAGAGUGGAGCUCUGUACUGGUACGUUGGCGACCUUAGUGCCAUCUCGCUCGCCGUAGGAGGAGAUACAAUUCUUGUGCAAUAAAUCUCCACAACGACUGUUGAGAUAAAUGUGUUCAACAAAGUAAUAGCUAAUGAAACACUUAUUUUUUCUUAAAAUGUCAGCUUAUCUUGAAUUGACAUUGUCAAGCUAUGUUAAGAAGCGGUUAAUAAACACUUAGUUUAUUUAUUAAACCUCUCCUUACCUGUAGUUGAUACAUUUACUGUGUACAAAAGUUUUGAGGCUGGAAUGUGUAGUGUUCGAGCAGUGACCCUGGAGUGUCGCUGACUUGACACACAUACAAACACCCAAAUCACCUUACUAUAUGUACACACAGCUAGCUAUGAACAGCGACAUAUCCGCGGAAGCAAUAGCGAUACUUUAAUUUUUAUAGCCAAUAUUUGUGGCACCUUUUUUAAUACUACGCUAUAUCUUACAUGUAAUCAUAGUUUAAUUUAGUGAUCGCUCCUAAGAACCGCGCUUUAUCCGUGUACUUGGGCGAGUACUUAACUGUUGAACUUUCUUUCGAUGUCUAGUUCCCCGCAGCGAGGACGAUUCGCUAAAUUAAACUAACGAUAUUUAGGUAAUCGUUUAAGUGAACUUAUACUUUAUUGUAAUGUACGUUGAUGGAUAAUGAAUAAAUUACAAUUUUAUCGUACGGUGUAUGUGUCUCGUCGGUUUUUACCCGCUUUUAUAAAUAAACAUCGGCAUUGUAUAUUAUGUUCAUAAUAAACAACCUAUGGUAAA